AUGCUCGAGUCCGGUCUCGAGGUUAGGUUUGUAUCCCGGUUGCAGUGUUUUAACUGUAAGUUACUAAUUUUGAAUAAAUUACUGGUUCUACCUUGCCAGUCAAGUAGUACAAUCACAGGGCACAACAACUGGUGUAUCGAUUGCUCGCUCGAAGCCUCCGACGAAAAUUAUCUCGAAGCAUGGAAAAUGCUGAAAGAAAGAUACGACGACGACAGUCUCAUAAUACAAAAACAUAUCAGAGCUCUUUUCGAGCUGCCCGUGCUGUCCAAGGAAAAUCACACGGCUUUGAGACGUAUGCUCGACACUGUACUAAAGCAUAUACGAGCUCUAAAAGCGUUGAAACGGCCUACCGAGCAAUGGGACGACAUCAUGAUUUUUCUCGUCACUAGCCGAUUGGAUCAAACGACGAGCAAAGAGUGGGAAACGUCGAUAAAAAAGGGCGAAAUUCCAAAUUUUACGCAACUGACAGACUUUUUGGCUCAACGUUGUCGUGCACUAGAAGCCUCAGCUCGCACGCACAAGGUCGAAUCGAACGUUUCAAAUAAAGGAAAAUCUAGCAAGUGCAGCAAGUUCGCUCAACUGACAGUGGAUCAGCGAAUACAAGAGGCGCGAACGCGUAAGCUAUGCCUGAACUGCUUGAAAGCUGCGUCUCAUCAGGCGAAACAGUGCGGAUCGGGAACGUGUCGUAAAUGCGGUAAGCGGCAUAACACGCUACUCCAUUUGGAGCAAACUCAAAAAAGCCAAAGUGAGCCUACGUCAUCGAGCACGGCGAGCUCGAGCGGAGAAAAGGUAACGACAUCGAGUGUCACUCUCGCAGCUGUUCGUCAAGAAAGAAAAGUGCUUCUCGCAACGGCAAUCGUCAACGUCAUCGAUUUCAAAGGUGAGCGAAAACCGUGCCGAGCGUUGCUCGAUUGUGGAUCGCAAUCUUGUUUUGCCACUGCUAAUUGCGUGCAAAGACUCGGACUGAAGCAUAUCGCGACGGACAUUCCGAUCUCUGGUCUCGGAGAAUUGUCGACGCAAACGCGCAGAUUGACGAAAAUGACAAUACAAUCGAGAAUCAACGGUUAUCAAGCCAAACUCGAUUGCCUCAUCAUUGAAAAGAUCACUCAGUCUCUCCCAGCCAAUCAACUCGAUAUUGACGAAUUAAAAAUCCCGGACGGUAUCACGUUGGCCGAUCCUGAUUUCGACAAACCUGCAACGGUAGAUUUAUUGAUCGGCGCAGAGAUAUUCUUCGAGUUACUGUGCAUUGGAAAAAUCAAGCUGGCAGAGGAUCAACCGACCUGGCAAAAGACGGUUCUCGGGUGGAUAGUAUCCGGAAAGUUCAUGAUGCGAGAUCGAGAAAAAAAGAGUACGUUUUGUCAUUUGGCGGUCAAUGAUGAGCUCAACGCAGGCCUAUCACGCUUCUGGCAAAUCGAACAUCACGAGCGUCAAAAUACUCGAACUCCGGAGGAACGAUUCUGCGAGGCACAAUUUUCACAGACCUACAAGCGCAACGCGGAGGGUCGAUUUAUCGUAACUCUCCCAACGAGGGACGAGCAGCUUCAAAAAUUGGGAGACUCAAGAGAAACUGCUCUGCAACGAUUCAAAAUGUUGGAGCGCAAAUUCGAGCGAAAACCUCAACUCAAAGCGGAAUAUAGUGCCUUCAUACAUGAGUAUUCGACGUUACAACACAUGCGAGAAUUGAGCGAGGACAGCGUAACGUGCGACAUUCGGCCACAUUUCUAUCUACCGCAUCAUUGCGUGAUAAAGGAAACGAGUACAACAACGAGGUUAAGAGUCGUAUUCGACGCAUCCAGCAAAACAACGAGCGGUAUCUCGCUCAACGAUGCUUUGAUGGUUGGUCCCGUUAUACAACAAGAUUUAUUUUCGACAUUGCUCCGAUUCCGAAGCUUCGAGUACUCGUUGACCGCUGACAUCGCGAAGAUGUAUCGGCAGGUACUUGUCGACGAGACUCAAGUGCCUCUUCAGCGUAUUGUUUGGCGUGAUCGGACAAAUGACAACAUCAAAACCUACGAGUUGCUAACGCUAACCUACGGUACAGCUCCGGCGUCAUUCUUGGCUACCAAGGUCAUUCAUGAAUUAGCCGAUAUAGAGGAAAAUAAAUUCCCUAUCGGGGCUUUGGUGGCACGAAGAGACUUUUACGUCGAUGAUUUGAUAACGGGUGCGCAUUCCGAAAAGGACGCAUUAACUAUUCGUGAAGAAACAACGGCCUUACUCCAAAGGGGAGGGCUUGUGCUUCGACAGUGGGCUUCGAAUAGCAAGAAGCUGCUGAAAGACAUAUCAGGAUCGUCGACUACUAGUGCUCUUCUCGAAUCCGGCUCGAAGGACCAAUAUGUUGUGCUCUCAAGUGAAAGCCGAUGCGGCCCUGACGAAACCCACCAUUACCGCGUAUUAGCAAACCGAGCGCCAACUUCAAAUUCCCAUCACGACGCCUGUCAACCUUCUUCGGACGUCAAUAGACAUGUAUAUCCAGUUGUGUCACAAUUUUCGUUUCAAUUACAACAGCAUCUCGAUAGACUUGAGCAGCUCUCAGAUUCAGAAAUAGGCCCUACAACAAGACACGAAGCACAGAAGUCAGCACUUCGUGCAAACUAUCGAUUCUGGAACUUAACGUACACCAUUCAUCAAUCAAUGAAAAUUAGUCGAUAA